AUGUCACGGUCUUCAACACCACAAAGGCGUUUAUCACGCACAUUAUCAAACACAAAAGUUGUCAAGGAACUUUCCAAUUUUGAAAAAACAGUCGCACAAAUGGAUCAUGGAGAACAAGCAAAGCGUGAGGGUCGUUUUGUAUUCGAAUGCUCCUGGGAAGUUGCAAAUAAAAUUGGUGGAAUAUACACAGUUUUGCGAACAAAAGCAUCAGUGACGACAGACGAAUUAGGUGAUCAGUACUGCAUGUUGGGACCAUAUAAUGAGGAACGAGUAAAGCUAGAAGUUGAAAUCCUACAGCCCGAUGCUACACCACUCAGAUAUGCUUUAGAUCAAUUGAAAGACAUGGGCUUUCAGGCCAGUUAUGGUCGAUGGCUAAUCGAUGGUUAUCCUAAGGUAGUACUGUUUGAUAUAGUUUCAGCAGCUUGGAAAUUAGAUCAGUGGAAACAAGAGCUGUGGGAUUCAUGUAAAAUCGGAAUACCUUACCAUGACAAAGAAUCAAAUGAUGCAGUUAUACUGGGUUUUAUGGUUGUAUUAAUUGUUAUCGCUUUUUACAAUAAAAUGACAUAUAAAAUUUUUUUUUCAUGGGAAAAAACUAGUUAUACUCAACAAUUUUUUAAUGUUUAUAAAUCUGAAGUAGAAGUUAGAAACUAUAGGUUGUGGAGAACAGAUGUUUCGACAGUCUUUACUACACAUGCUACUUUGAUUGGCAGGUAUCUGUGUGCUUCAGGAGUUGACUUGUACAACAACAUCAGUCAGUUCGAUGUCGAUCGAGAAGCAGGAACACGCCAAAUUUAUCAUAGAUAUUGUAUUGAAAGAGCAGCAACUAAUAUGGCUCAUAUCUUCACAACUGUAAGUGAAAUAACAGGUCUAGAAUCAACGCACUUAAUAAAGAGAAAGCCAGAUAUGUUGACUCCAAAUGGUCUAAAUGUUAUCAAGUUUGCAGCUAUUCAUGAAUUUCAGAAUCUACAUUCAAUUGCUAAAGAAAAAAUACAUGAUUUCAUUCGUGGACACUUUUACGGACAUUAUGACUUUGAUUUGGAUAAAACGAUUUAUUUGUUCACGGCUGGACGUUAUGAGUUUACAAAUAAAGGAGGUGACUUUUUCAUUGAAGCUUUGGCACGACUGAAUUAUCUUCUGAAGACUUCAACUGAUCCUCGUUGUAAAGAUGUCACAGUAGUUGCAUUUAUCAUUUAUCCUGCUGCUGCCAAUUCUUUCAACGUAGAAUCUCUGAAGGGUCAAGCAGUAUGCAAACAAUUACAUAGUACUGUGUCCAGGAUAAAAGAAAAUUUGGCAUCGAGAAUGUUUGAAGCUUGUCUAAAGGGUCGCAUACCGGAAAUGGAUGAAUUACUUCUUGCAGAUGAACGCAUUCAAUUGAAACGUUGCAUAUUGAGCGCAAAGCGCGAUACGUUACCUCCGAUUUGUACUCACAAUAUGCUUGAUGAUAGUGGUGAUCCAGUUUUAAAUGCUUUUCGACGUACUCAGCUCAUCAACCAACCACACGACCGCGUGAAAGUGAUAUUCCAUCCAGAAUUUUUGUCAUCUGUUUCGCCUUUAAUGAAUUUGGAUUAUGAAGAUUUUGUUCGAGGUUGUCAUUUGGGGGUUUUUCCAAGCUAUUACGAACCAUGGGGAUAUACUCCAGCUGAAUGUACAGUAAUGGGAGUUCCAUCAGUCACAACUAAUCUAUCAGGUUUCGGAUGUUUUAUCCAAGAGCAAGUUCAAGAUCCACAAACAUUUGGCAUUUUUGUCAUAGACCGCCGUUUUAAAGGGCCGAAUGAAUCUAUUGAUGAACUUGCAAAAACUCUUUAUGAUUUCACACUGCUUUCUCGUCGUCAGCGUAUCAUAAUGAGGAAUCGAACAGAACGACUCAGUGAACUGUUAGAUUGGAAAACUCUUGGCAGUUUUUAUCGGGAAGCACGCAGAAAAGCACUGGAAGUAACCCAUCCCAAUUUUAUGCAAGUAAUUGAAGAAACAGUUAAAAAAAUGCCUCGCCCAACUUCGGCACCUUCUACACCGGUAACUAGUCGAUCGACUUCUCCUCAUGAUACUGAUGAGUCUGAUACUGAGGAACAAGAAGCAUUUGAGGCAAGAGCAUGGAUAGAGGUCAACUAG